UAUUUUUUUUAUUUUGAGUGAACUUUUUUUUUUGAGUAUAAAUUUUUUGUGAUGUUGAAGCUUACGUACGUUUCGAUAGCAUGUACGCUAGUAAUCCUUUUCGGAUUUACUCACGCCGAAAUGGGAUCAGAUAGUGGGAUAGGAGCUGGUGCAUCAGCUUCUACAAAUCCAAACAGAAGAUCAACAUACGAUAAUUCAUCCCCAAAAGACGAUUCACUCAUUGACAUUGACGAAGAAGCAAUCGAAGGUAGUGGAGGGGGAAGUGAAUUACAAACAGAUCUCGAAUCAAGUGGUUCUGGUUUUGGACCGGAUGAUGAAGAUGAUGUAUCCGGAAGUUCGGAUAUCAAUCAUGAUCUAAAUAGUUCUGGUGAAAAGAAAUAUAACAUUCCAAAGAAGAUAGACAGAUUACCAGAUGAACGAAACAACAUCGAUAAGGGUGUAAAAAUUGAUAACGACUUAGAUCAUUUAGAUACCAAAGUAUCAACAGUUGAUGGUGAUUCAAAUCAAUUGAAUAAUGAUGUAUUCAUCAUGAACCCAAAAACGGAGGAUCGUGCUACAUCAUUCUUUGCACAGCCUGGCAUCCUUGCGGCUGUCAUUGGUGGUGCCGUAGUUGGACUAUUAUGCGCAAUAUUAGUGGUUAUGUUCAUCGUAUAUCGUAUGCGUAAAAAAGAUGAAGGAUCAUAUGCGUUAGAUGAACCAAAAAGAUCACCGACUGUAAAUUCAUAUGCGAAGAACUCAAAUCGAGAAUUCUAUGCUUGAAUUCAUCAACGUUCUUCGAACAAAUGCAACAUAAAUCCAAGCACAACAACAACAGUAAACAACAACAAAUUUCCAUAACAAAUUUUUUGCAAAAAAUUUAAACAAAAAAAAUGAAAAACUUUUUUAAACAAAACUAAAAAAAAAAAUUAACGAGAAAAUUUAAAAACUAACAUAAUCGACAGACGGUUCAAAAGGAAAAUAAUUGUAUCUCGUUACGUCUGAUCGACAAUAAAUAAUUCGUAAAAAAAUCAAAAAAAAAAAAAUAUUUAUAUAUAGAAUGGGAAAAAAAAUGAAUGCUUCUUCUAUUUUAACAAUUUAGUGGUUUUUUUUAUUUACAAAAAAAAAAAGUUACUAACAUUUUAUUAACUGUAAAACUACAUAGUUAUUAAUAUGCUAUAGACUGCAAAAAUUAUGAAAAAAUGGCAACUAUAAUCCUAAUAAAAAAAAUGAAAACAAAAAUAUUUUAGAGACUUGUAAGUACUUGUAUGUAACAAAUUAUGAACGUAAAAUGGCGUGAGUGUUUCAUCCAUUUUAUAUUUUAUUACUAAAUACAACACAUUUAUUUAAUAUUCCUAUAUUGCUAAUUAAAAUGGAGACGUCAUUUUUUUUACAUAAAAUGUGAUUCACAUCCAUAUGAAAUACGAUGACAUCAAAAUAUUUUUAUCAUGUUUAUUACAUCAGAUGACGUACGUAAGUGUGACCUCAUAGUUAAGUAUGAUAUUGAUGACGUAAAGUUUACAUAACCUAAAAUUUCUUACAUAAAUACCAAGUCAUUUUUGGUGAUAUCAUGAUAUUUUGUGAGGUAAAAUUAACUUCAUAUUUAUAACAUCAGAUGGCGUUACUAAAAGUGAAAUGUCAUACAUUUUAUGUAAGUAUGUCACUGAUGACGUCAAGUUUACAUAACAAGAAAUUCGACGUAAUAUUUGUGAUAUCAUUUUGACUUUAAAAUAUAAUUUUCAUAUUACUUAUGUUGAGGUCAAAUUAACUUCAUAUUUAUUAUAUCAGAUGGCGUUAGUAGUUAGUAGUAUGUAUGAAAUUGAUGACGUCAAGCUUACAUAAUAAGAAAUUCUUACAUAAAUACGGUGUAAUAUUUGUGAUAUCAUUUUAACUUUGAAAUAUAAUUUCCAUAUGUUAUAUAUUGAGGUCAAAUUAACGGCAAAUUUAUGACCACCUCAUUCAAUUUUACGUAAAAAUGAUGUAAUAUAUGUGAUAUCAUUUUGACAAGAAGUGUAAUUCAGUAUAAAUUUUACAUAAUUUCUUGGAUCUCCAUCCGUAAUUAGCAAUAUAGGAGUAUUAGAUAUAUGACUAAAUACAUUAAAAAAAAUCAAAAAAUCAGCUCGCUCUCUUUCCUUCUCUCUUCGUCGUAUCACACACAUUUUCAUCUAAAAAAAAAAACGCUGUUUUUUAUUAAAUAAUAUGUGCGCAUGUGCAUGCGCAUAUUAUAUCAAUGUGUUCACGCACAUUUUGUUAUAAACAUGUGUGCAGUACGAUUAAUAUAUAUAUAUAUAGUCACAUAUAUAUAUUUAUAAAUACAUAUUAAAUUGCCAUUGCGCACUAUCAGAUGAAGUCGUUUAUCAAAAAAAAAAAAUGUAUGAAAAAAAUAGUGCAGGUUUUUUGCAAUUUUUAUAAAAAAAAAAAGUUUAACAUAUGAAAAAAUGUUUCCAAUGAUGGAUUAAUCAAUUGUUUUGAAUAGUGCGAUUCCUUAGCUGGAAAUACGAUUCAUUCUGAAAGAAAACAUGAAAUUUCUAUGAAAAAUUUGUAUAUACUCUCAUUGUUGGGAGGAAAAAUCAGUUUUUAGAAAUUGUUCCUGAAAAAAUUUAUCAUUGUUAUAAAAAUUUUUGUAAACAAAAUAAAAUAUCAUGCAAAAACUAUUGGAGAUAUCGGAUGCGAAUUUCUUUGUUCAGGGAUCAUUUUAAGCUGUAUGUUCUAGACAAUAUUGACCAAAAGAAGUCGUCUAAUUAAAUUUACCAUUUCUGCAGUGCUGGUAGAUUGUGCGGAAAUAAUGUAAACUCGAUGCGUGUGUUAAGGAAAGUGGGAAUACUUUUUCUAUCGAUCAAAAGCAAAAGUGUAUUAUCAAAAGCAAUCUAAACCAAACCAAAUUUCUUAUCCGUCCUUCUGUAUGCAUUGGAAUCGUGGCAUGGCUAAUUUCCAAACAACAAAAAGUGUAUCGCUUUUAUCUAUUAACCACUGCCAAGGCCAUAUUUUUCAGCCUUUCUGGAUUUAUGUGUUCAAAGUAGUGAUCUGUACAAACGGGUUGAAUAUUACUGCAUUUCAGAGAUGAAACUAGAGAGUUGUUGGUCAUAUUAACCAUUUCAAUAGAAUGUAUUUUUUCGGUUGAGUAAAAUCAAUAAAAAUAAAGUGCUUCAUGAGAAAACAACAUCGUAUCCUGAACAAGGAAGUCAAAUCAAUUAGCUCGAUAUGAGUUGUAGGUAUGAUUUCACAUUUACGUUCCACACACCCAGCAAAAUAAAUACUCGAUAUCUGGAUUUAGAGACAGUAUUGUCCCUACGGAUACUUUUCUUUAAAAAAUUGCAGUUGAAGUUUCAUGUUUUCCUGGAAUUUUAAUAUAGGUCGAGGAAAAUGUUAAAAAAAUAAUCUGAGUCUCUUGAAUUGAAUUCUUAAGACCUAAUUUUUUAUCGAUAUCUCGGUAUAUAGGUUUGCUUUACCAUGGUAAAUUUUUUCCAAGCGUAUUUACCUUGAAACUUCAACACUCCGACCCAACAAAAUACGGACCCAACGUAAAUGAAAAAUCUCUAUGAUUAUAGACUACAGUAUAUCAUGUAUAGUCGUUGUUAAGCAAGAGCAGCUUGCAUUUGUUGACACCUACUACGUGAUUGAUUUUUGUGCAUAAAUAUUUCUAAUUUUGUGAUUUACUCACCAGCGCCGGCUCUACCCCAAUCAAAGUAGAGCGAGAUAGUCUUUCGAAGCCUUUUUCAAAAAAUUAACUUGUAUUUCAAUAAUCAAUACUUGAAAUAUGAAAUUGUUUUUCGCAUUUGGCAUUUUGGAGCCUCUUGCAACCUGAGGUCUGGAGCUUGCUCCACCCUCGACCCGGCGCUGUUAAUCACGCACAAAAAGCACACUUUUGUACGUUACCAAUCGAAAACAUACGCAACAAAGUUGUAUAUCAGUAUCAUUUUGAGUCAAAGUGUUUUACAAACGACCAAAUCAGGAACCAAUUGAGGAAAACUGAUUGAAAAUACACAAUCAAAGUUUCAUGUUUUCUUUCCGAUCAGAAUCGUUUAACUGACGUUUGUUUUUCCAGCUAGGGAACCGUCCUACAUACAUACCGUAUGUGUUUUUUAAGUCUCUUGAUUAUGAAUUUUUAUAAAGUAAUGUAUCCAAAAACCGCAAUUAAUUAAUUUGAUAUUCUCCCAUUUUAUG